AUGGGCUUCACCCGCUCUUCCGCUCUGCUGACCCAUCUGCGGGUCCACACGGGUGAGAAGCCCUUUAGCUGCCCUGAGUGCAGGAUGGCCUUCAGCAGGUCUUGCCACCUGCUGAGGCACCAACGAGUCCACACUGGGGAGAGGCCAUACUCCUGCCUCCAGUGCGAAAAGUGCUUUACCCAGCCCUCCAACCUGCUGACCCACCAGCGGAUCCACACCCGCGAGAGACCGUUCUCCUGCCCCGAGUGUGGGAAGGGUUUUGCUGUUUCCUCCCACCUCGUGGCCCACCGGCGGGUCCACACAGGGGAGAGGCCAUUCAGUUGCCGCGAGUGCAGGAAGGCCUUCAGCGAUUCCUCUGCCCUGCUUAGGCACCAGCGUGUCCACACCAGAGAGAAGCCAUUCUCCUGCCCAGAGUGCGGGUAGGGCUUUACCCGCUCCUCCACACUGCUGACCCACCAGGGGAGAAACCAUUCAGCUGCCCCGAGUGCGGGAAGAGGUUUACGUUUUCCCGCAACUUGCGGAAGCACCAGUGGGGGCACCAGCGCUCACAACAAGCGGAUUCCUCCGCUGACGCUGCUGUGAGUCCCCCCCAGGACUGAUUCUCCUGACAGUGGGUGCAGUGGGAGAGU